AUGGAAACAGCCAUGAUUGCUGUCAAAGGCAGCAAGUGUGUAUUCAUGGACAACAACUCGGCUCUCAAGAAGACCAGACGCAAGCGCACCAGUGCUGCAGACCAGGUCACGCUCGAGGCCGCCUACCUCAGCAACUCAAAGCCUGACAAGGAUGAGCGAGCUGCCAUCGUCUCCCAGGUCGACAUGACCAAGAAAGAGGUCGAGGUCUGGUUUCAAAACCGUCGCCAGAAAGACAACCGUCGCUCAAAGCCCCUCGAUGAGUUCGAGCUCGACGUUCAAGUCAUCAAAGCUUCUGCGAGUCCAUCACCGAAGGCGGAAGAUGGUCGGUUUGAGCAGAAUCUCGUCCCGAAGCCCGCGAACGAUGUCGAGGUCGAAUCCCCCUCAGACAAUGUCGCUCGAGUCGAUGCCGAACAAAGUGUCGCGGGCGCUGAUGCUUGCGAGUCAGCCAUCAUCAAGACUGAUACUCCACCCAAGUCGCCUGUCGUCAGAGGAAAGCCCGAUAAUGCGUCCAGUCCUGGUAGUGCUCGCAAGCGUCAGCACGCCGAGAUGUCUGCCAACAACGGUGUUCCCGCAAAUGGUGUGCUGCUGGUGCAAGAAUAUGUUCCUGUCAAGUCGAGAGAGCCAAUAAAGCGAGCAUCCAGCAUGCGUCUUGCCACCAUGGCCGACGGCAGCGUCAAGGUCCGCACUCGCGACACUCCGACACCCUCACCACCGAAGCAGCGCAUGCUGCCACUCACCAGCGAUGGUGCCAAGCGCGCGAAGAUCAGUCGCAGCGUCAGCAUGUUCGAGCCGUCUCAAGUCUUUGCAGAUGCUUCCAGCGACACCAAGCUAGCCGUCAAGCCAGUCAACUAUGGUCGUUCCCGCGACGCUCGCGCUUGGGAGUUCUACUGCGACAAAGGACCCAAAGAGCUUACCAAGCAAGCUGAAGCUCAGCACAAGGGUUCUGCUGUUGGAGCUAUCAACCUCAUCCGCUCGACUUCGUCCGUCAAGCCACGUCGUGUCCUCGGCGACCUUCCCAAAAAUACCAACGGCACCCGUGCUAAGACCACCAAGCCAAAGAUCACUCGCGCCCAGUCAUCUGUCGCUCGCCUCCAGGUUGCACCUGCUUCACGUCUUCCACAAGCCGCAGCAUCCAUUCGUCCCUUCGAUGGUCCAGUCGAGGCUGACACCGCUGUCGUCAAUAAGAUUGCUCGUUCCAUUCCUCGAGGUCGCCGUCCUCGCCGCACGUGUGGCUUCUCCGAUGGCGAGGAGUCCGACGAUGGCUAUGAUUCUGACAAGGAGAACUGGAAGCCCGGUACCCGUCAGUGGCGUCAUGAGCUGCGUAACGGCGGCGAGUACCUCGUUCCCUUUGGCGUGGACCUCGAUCUUCCUGUCGUCGCACCUCCGGCCCGUCCUCAGUCUCAGCCUGCAGUCCGCUAUGCAAUUGAGAACGGCGUCGUCGUCCGCGACCUCGGCGCUGCGACUACGUCUACCACUACUCAGGCGCUACCAACUGCGGAUCUUGAUGUCGUUCAAGGUCUUCUGAGUCUCGGUCGCGGAGCAUGGCGUUAG